AUGGAUGAGGAAUAUACUCUUUGGAUAGACUUUCCUAGAUAUAGUCAGGAAUAUUUAGAUGGCGUAGAGUGUUUUCUACAAAAGGGCUUCCCCAUAUUCGGAAAAGGGGAUGAAAUGCAGUGCCCUUGCAGAAAAUGUGCCAAACGUCUAUGGUUAGGUCGAGAUAGUAUUUAUGACCAUCUUAUUUGUAAUGGACCUUCGCUGGUACACGUACAAUGGAUAUGUGAGGUUGCACAUACUAAAUUAAGUGAUAUAGAUGACUUUAUGGAUUGCGAAACGGGGAAGGGUUUCGAAGAUAAUUUAGAUGAUAUGUUUGAUUGUACGGGAAAGGGGUUCGAAAAUGUAAAUGAGGGUGAACAAGGACCAAACAAAGAGGCUGCAAAAUUUUAUCGUCAUGUUAGAGAAGGCAAACAACCAUUGUACCCUGGAUGCACCAAAUUUUCACGACUAAGUUUCAUGAUCAGACUUUAUCAUUUAAAGUGUGUUCAUGGAAUUACCGAAUCUGCUUUCGGAGAUCUGCUAGGGUUGAUGAAAGAUGCAUUCCCUAAUGCUGUCCUGCCUCAAUCCUUUAUUGCAGCAAAGAAUAUUAUCAAGGAUCUAGGACUAGAUUAUCAAAAAAUACAUGCAUGCCCAAACAAUUGCAUGUUGUUUUGGGCUGAAAAUAGUGAUAAAGAAGUGUGUGAUAAUUGUGGCGCUUCGAGGUGGGUUGUACAAGAAAAGAAGGGAACUGCUGCUAAUAGUGAUCCAGAUAAGUUGAUACACAAAGUGCCUUCAAAAAUAAUGAGGUACUUUCCCCUAAAACCAAGGCUGCAGAGGUUAUUCAUGUGCAAAGAUUAUUCGAAACUAAUGACUUGGCAUGAUGUGGCGAAAAAGAGACGGGAAAUUAAGACAUCCUGCUGA